AUGAAAUCCCAGGUGUUAACCACAGCUACUUCAACAUCCACAGUACCGGUUUUACUUGACAUCAACAAGUACAGUUCCGUACUCAAGCUUCAUAGGACAACAGCAUGGGUCCUGCGCUAUAUUCAUAACCUGAAAUCGCAUGUCAGGAGGAGUGGAGUACUGUCAACAGAAGAGAUCGAAAAGGCCGAAGUCCAUUGGAUAAAGACAGUUCAACGGAUGACCUUUCAGCACGAACUGAGCUGUAUCGAAAAGGGCUCCAAACUUCCGAGCAACUCGCCAUUAAGGGACCUAACACCAUUCAUCGACAACGACGGGAUUAUCAGGGCUGGCGGACGUCUACAGUUCAGCCGUGGAACGUACGACGAGCGACAUCCCAGGAUCUUGCCUGGAGAUCAUCAUUACACGAAGCUACUGGUUCGUCAGACUCAUCAUCAACUUCUUCAUGCGGGCAUCAGAGAUACACUCGUGCAACUACGAGAGAACUUUUGGGUUACCAGAGCUCGUCGACUUGUAAAAAGGGUCAUAUACGACUGCGUGACCUGCAAGCGUUUGAACGCCAAGGCAGCAAGCGAAACGGUUGCUCCUUUGCCAGCGGACCGAGUAACGGAAUGCCUACCGUUUGAAGUGGUGGGAAUUGAUUUUGCCGGACCUCUGAUGGUGAAGGAAGCUAGCAGUACCAAGAAACGUUACAUCGUCCUUUUUGUAUGCGCAGUCACGAGGGCAAUACAUCUCGAGUUGUCCAAGGACAUGUCCAGCAAGAGUUUUCUACAGGCUCUACGACGGUUCGUCUCACGGAGAGGGCUAUGCCGCAUUGUGUAUUCUGACAAUUUCUUAUCGUUCAAGAGAAGUAGGAGCGAACUGAAAGAACUGUGGUUGGCCUUAAGGGAUCCGGUGGUGAAAGAUCAUUUCUCGACGAGCAAAAUUGAAUGGCGGUUCAUUAUGGAGCGGGCGCCCUGGUGGGGCGGGUUUUACGAACGACUUGUGCGAUCCGUCAAGACAUCGCUGAAGAAGGUACUAGGAAGGAAGCUCCUUGAUACGGAAGAGAUAGUCACCAUCCUGACUGAAGUGGAAGCGGUGAUUAACUCACGGCCUAUAACGUUCCUCUACAGCAACAGCUCUGAAGAAAUGCCAAUUUCCCCAGCGCACUUCCUCAUCGGUAAACGUCUGACGUCUCUACCUACCCCACAAUGCAGAGAACUUACCUCAACGAAACUAUCAUUAGACGAAAUUUGGACAAGUCGACAAAGGGGUCUUGCCCACCUUUGGAAAAGAUGGCACAAGGAAUACUUGGCCGAACUGCAGUCAUCUCGUUCGUCGAGAGUUUUCAAGUCAUCAGCGCUCAAACCUGGCGACAUAGUCAUCUUGCACGAUGAGAAACAACCACGGCCGCUCUGGAAGUUGUGCAGGAUUGUGGACGUAUUCUGCGGCAGGGAUGAGAAAGUCAGGGCUUGCACCGUACGCCUACCUGAUGGGACUUUGCGAAGAAGACCGGUGCAACUGCUGUAUCCGCUAGAACUGGCCAACGGUUAA